UUACUGUUGCCCGGCAUCAAAACUAAGAAGCAUUUGUGUUAGAGAGAGAAUCAAAAAGAAAGCUUUUGCUUUCACUUAGCUUCUUCUCUCUAUUUAUAUAAAUUGCAGCAACUUGUUCUUUCUUUUCUAUUCUUAUCUUCCUCUUCUUCAAAAAAAAAUUAUUAUUAAUUAAAGAUGUCAAGCUGCAUCGAUGCUGUUCCUGAGCAACUCUGCUACAUCCCUUGCAACUUUUGCAAUAUUGUUCUCGCGGUGAGCGUUCCAUGCAGCAGUAUGUUUGACAUAGUUACCGUCCGAUGUGGGCACUGCGCUAAUCUAUGGUCCGUCAACAUGGCAGCUGCCUUUCAGUCACUAUCAUGGCCAGAUUCUCAGGCACCAAAGCAUACCUUGCCUGACUACAGAAUUGAAUUGGGUUCUUCAUCAAAAUGCAAUAACAGGAUUUCGAUGCGACCACCAGUUGCCGAACAAAAAAUUGUUAAUCGACCUCCCGAGAAGAGGCAGCGAGUACCUUCUGCAUAUAACCAGUUCAUAAAAGAGGAGAUUCAGAGGAUUAAAGCAAACAAUCCUGAUAUUAGUCACAGAGAAGCAUUCAGUACUGCUGCCAAAAAUUGGGCACAUUAUCCUCAUAUUCAUUUUGGGUUGAUGUUGGAGAGCAACAAUCAAACUAAUAAGUUAGAUGAUAAUUACUCAAUGAAGAAGAAACUGAAGCAUUUCCACCUAUAAAUGAAUCAGCAUUGGAAAUUCAUAGGUUAUGGGAAGCACCUAAUGUCAAGGACUACGCUAUAUAAUAAAUGAAGGUUAUGAUUAUCCAUCAACACCGUUCAUUCUUUGAAGUGAUUUGGAAAAGUGUUAGAGACCUCAAUUUAAGGUGUUUCAAAGACAAUAUGUUUAUUCUCUAUAUGACUAUAUACCUAUAUUUUUCAUCUUCAAUGUAUUUGCCGCAAGCUUUAUUUGUUUAUCUAAUGUUCAUUUACUUCAACUUGAAUUAAA